UAAAAAGAGCAGAGAAUGACACUUCAGGAGCCACAAUUUCUUGGGCAUGAUUCUAUGAUAUGCCGUAUCCUACGACGUAGCUAAGAUUUUGUCUCUCCAGCGAGUCAGAGCAUUAGCCACUAGUAGCUAUGCUGCCUCUGCCUCGUCUCGAUGUUAACGACAUUAAGGAGAAGCUCUCCUCCCAUUUCAGACCUUGGCAUCGAUCCUAUCAGUUCUGGGUUCGGGCCAUUGAUAUUUACACUGGAUAUAAGGUGUUCCAACUUAAAGUGAGCUUUGAGAAGGAUGAGCUGAAACACGAAGCAUUGUGGGAAAAACAGCAUGAGGUUGCUGCGGAUAAGAUAUACUCUAUGUGCACCGACCUUGGAGGUUUCUUUCUCAAGGUCGCCCAAAUUGUAGGGAAGCCUGACUUGGCCCCAGCGGCAUGGGUGAGAAGACUUGUUACCCUUUGCGAUCAGGCUCCUGCAACCCCGUUUCACACUGUUAAACUAGUGCUGGAGAAGGAGUUGGGUCGGAGUAUUGAUGAUGUGUUUGAAAUGUUUGAUGUGGAACCCCUUGGAUCUGCUUCAAUUGCUCAGGUGCAUAAAGCAAAACUGAAAGGUGAUAAGAAUGACGUUGUUGUCAAGGUUCAACAUCCUGGAGUUCAGGAUCUUAUGAUGACUGAUAUCCAUAAUUUGCAAGCUUUUGCUUUAUAUAUGCAAAAGACCGAUAUCAAAUUUGAUCUAUAUUCAGUGACAAAGGAAAUGGAAAAACAGUGCCCUAAGCAAAGUUGGACAAAUAUGUGGGAUAAUUGCUCAGUCUGGUUUUUAAUUACAGAUUCAAGCAUUGGAUAUGAAUUUGAUUUCAUGAGGGAGGCAAGUGCUAUGGAAAGGAUUAGGAAGUUCCUGUAUGAAAACAAUAAAAGGACUCCUGUUCUGGUGCCACGAGUAGUACAAAACUUGGUUUCUAGGAGAGUCCUAGUUAUGGAAUAUAUUGACGGGAUUCCGAUUAUGAACCUUGGUGAUGAGAUAGCAAAAAGAGGCAUUGAUCCUCGUGGUAAGAUAGCAGCAGCAGCAAAGCAGAAAAUUCUUGAAAGCUUGACUCUAGCAUAUGGUCAAAUGAUUUUGAAGAGUGGAUUCUUUCAUGCAGAUCCUCACCCAGGAAACAUUCUGAUUUGUAAAGGCUCAGAGGUUGCCUUGCUAGACUAUGGACAGGUGAAGGAUCUCCCAGAAAAUUUGAAGCUUGGUUAUGCUAAACUUGUUCUUGCAAUUGCUGAUGGUGACCCUAUAAGAGCAUCAGAGAGCUUUAGGGAGCUUGGUAUAGAUACCUUGAGCAAUUGUGAAAAUGAGCAACAGGAACUGUUUAAACUAGCAGAGACGAUGUUUGAUACAAAACUUCCUCCUGGGGUGGCAAUGCUGCAGCCUUUCUCAGAGGACUCUUCCAUUAAAAAAAUUGCUGUUAAGGCUUUUCCUGAAGAACUCUUUUCGGUACUUAGAACAGUGCAUCUUCUGAGGGGACUUAGUGUUGGUCUCGGAAUCAACUAUUCAUGUGCAGAACAGUGGAGACCCAUUGCUGAGGAAGUUUUGUAUCAAGCUGGCAGACUUAAAGGUAAGGAUGUUAAGCCCAAAAGACGAAGACGUGGUUUCUUAAAAAGAUUGUUUAGGAGAGACUAAUAACUUCACACUUGACAAAGGGGAGGCAUCAACCUGCCUGUUCUGGUUUGUUGAGAAACUUGUCUAUUCUUUGUUUAUAUUUCUAUGGGAAUUCAUUUAUCUCUUGUAUACGGUACAUGAAUUUGACAUUGAUGGCCACUAGAAGAGAAUCUAGGCCUCUUGGAAGAUUAACAGUGACUUUGUUGGUGUAUCCCGAAUACAUCUUUUGAAUAGGUACAAUUUCAAAAGCAUUUUUGUUUA